CCAAGCUUGGCCCCGUUGCUAAGGAGCCAACCUGCAGCUUGGAUACGCACCCAGAGUUUCAGCACGCGGACAGCGACACUUUUAUAACCUCGUUUAACUUCAAGACCAGACCCAGACCAGGACCUGAAGCGGACUGACAUGUCCGACCCGCACAGGACCAACGUCCUGGUCACCUCGUGCCUGAAGACCCCGGUGGACCCGCACACCAAGGCGCCGCUAGCCUCCUACGAGAGGGAGCGGGUCCUGGUCCUGCCGUACACCGACAACCGGGACUACGAGAAGGAGCUGGAGUACGAGGACUCGGGCUCUGAUUACUGCGAUGAGGACCGUCUGGGGAAGGACGCUCCUCUCAUGUUGACGGACUUCAGAGCAGCAGCAGGAGGAGACCGCCUGGACCUGAGCGAGAUCUUCUUCUCCAACGAGGAGUACUACAGCAAGCUGGAGGAGCUGAAGAGGGCUCACCUCCGCACCAUGGCCGAGCUGGAGAGCAUGUACCGGAGGAAGCUGCAGCUCAAGUCCAUGGAGCCUCUGGACAUGGCAACGCUGGAGACGGGGCACAGGCUCAUGUGGACGAACAGCAGCCCCGCAGCUUCUCGUCGUCUGAGGAAGUCGUACUCAGCGUUUGAGCUCAGGAGAGGCUCGGGACAGUCCGACUCCUCCGACGAAGAAGAUGAAGCUGCCAGUAACUACGUGGAGAAAGGUCUGCUGUUCUCUCCCAAAGAACACAUCAAGAACAUGUGGCAGGACUUCAAACUGUCCCCUCACAACCGCUGCCUGUCCUCCUCCUCGGUGCACAGCCUGCCCUCCGACCAGAGAGGGAAAGGAAAGAAGAGGUCCGGGCACAGAGACAGGGAGCAGGAUCUCCUCAAACACAGAGUGACUAUACCCAAACCUUUCCGCAUGAUGCUGCGAGAGGCCGAGAGGAGGAAGCACGGCGUAAAGACGCGCUCAGAGAUUGAGCUGGAGAACGCAGACCUGAGGCGACAGCUGGAGGAACUGACAGAGUGCCAGAGGAAGUUCAGAGCGAGCCCAGUACCAGCUCACGUUCACCUCCCGCUUUAUGAGGAGCUGCAGGAGAAGAACCAGGAGCGGCGCAAGUCCCUGAGAGAGCGAGAGGAUCAGCCUCAUCGGAGCACCCAGAAGCCUUUCAGCUUCCUGGAGAGGGAGCGGCUGAAGAAGGAGCAGAAACAGCUGCGUCAGACUCAACAAUUGGAGCAGGACAAAACCAAACCCUUCAAGGCCAAGCCCGUGCCCAGGUCUGUGUACGCAGCAGCAUCAGGGGAGCACAUGAAGGAGGAGCAGCUGUACCGGUCCAUCAAGAUCCAGAUGAGAGCUCAGGAGAUGCUGCACAGCUCUGCGAUGCCUCCCAGCAUGCUCGCACGACGACUCAGCGACCGCAAGAAGAACAAAGACGGCGGAGCAGCCGGAGGGGCGGACGACUUCUCCCAUACACCCCAAAUCAACAAGGAGGUGCCGGACUUCGACGCCAGUUACAGACGAUUCAAGAAACACCUGGAGAAGCAGAAAGAGGUGAGACCCACCACCGCAUGUGAACCCUUUGAGCUGAGGACGUCACAGAUCCCCUCGCACCGGGAUCGCAUCCUGGCCGACAUCGAGAAGGAGCAAGGUAGCCCUCGGUUGAUACGAUGGCCGCACAUCAGCCCCGGGUCAGCUCGGACGCCGAACUCCAGCCUCUGCUCGUCACUCUCCGGCAGCCUGGAGGUCCUGCCCACCAAAGUCACAGACGCCACAAAGAAGAGACAUGAGGCCGUGAGGUACCGUUUAAGGGCUCCAAAGUCUUCCACCAUUCUAGUCGAGAUGUUAAGAACCUCAGAACUCUAGUUUCUUGUUCCAACACAAAGACCUCAACGUGCCCCGUGUCCCCCCUCCAAAGGAACUCCUUCUCCCAGCAUCCUCCACACCCACUCCAAAGUGUUCAGCCCCCCCAUAGCCCUUAUCCUUCCCCAAGUCCCCACUCUGUCCAACCCUUCCUGCAUCUGUGACCACAUUGUCUCCCUGAGUAGAAAGGUCCUGGAGCAGAGGAAGAAGGCCGAGGAGGAGGAGGAGCGGCGUAGGGAGGGGCAGAGGCAGAGGGAGAAGAAGCUGCAGAGGGUGGUGGUGAAACGCGCCCAGGCCAACGACCCCCACCAGGCGCUCUCGCAGACGCAGCACAACAAGCUCAAGGAGUUCAGGAAACAGGAGCGUCAGCGCAAGAGGGAGUACCAGCAGGAGAUUAAGGAGAUGAAGCAGAGGGUGAAGGGGAGGCCGCUGCUGUUGGAGCAGGUUGCACAGAGGAAUGCCAAACAGGUGGCAGAGAAGCGCUACACGGACGCCCUGCACGGAUGUGACGUGACUGAAGAGUUCAUCAGCAGCAAGGCGGGAAAAUCCGGAUCCACACUCAAAGACUCAUCAUCGUCCAGCAGAAGACCGAGUGACCAAGAUGAGACAGAUGCUGGACACGAACCUGUCCUCUACAGGAAAGUCUUCUUGGAUGACGAAGACUCAGAGGAAGAUCCGAAGGAAAGGGAAGGAGGGAGUGACGAGGCGUCGUCGCACUACCGUGACCGAGAGGACGCCGGCAGUCCGCACUCAGACCGGGACGACCGCAGAGAGGAUCGACGCUACUCAGACGACAGUUACCACUACUCGGACGAUCACGAGAACUACUCAGAGGACAGCGAGCACGACGUCGACACCAAACAGCAGGAAGCAGGGGAGUGAUGUCACCUUACAGCGUGAUGAAGAAGAGGAAGCCUUUUAUUCCAAUCAUGACUAGAUGUUAUGUUUUAUUGUAAAUAUUGUGCACAUAAGGAUGUUUAAUAGGAUAUUUUUAACCUCAGGUGUCGUUAGGUUUCAACAUUAUUUUGCAUUACGACUGACAGGUGUGCGGUUGCAUGUCAUUAUGUGAUCACUGAACUGUUACUAGGAAAAGCACAGAUUGAGUCAUCAUUAAUGAUUUUGUUUUUCACAUGUGCUUUUUUUUUCACCAUCACGAAAAUGUCUUCCAUCAAAGUUUGAUAAUCAUGAAGGGGCAAUGUAAAUACAGCAAUGAUACUUCUGUUCCAUCCAUCCAUCCAGCCAUCCAUCCAUCCAUCCAUCCAUCCAUCCAUCCAUCCAUCCAUCCAUCCAUCCAUCCAUCCAUCCAUCCAACCAACCAUCCAUCCAUCAUCCAUCCAUCCAUCCAUCCAUCCAUCCAUCCAUCCAUCCACCAACCAUCCAUCCAUCCAUCCAUCCAUCCAUCCAUCCAUCCAUCCAUCCAUCCAUCGAACCAUCCAUCAAUCCAUCCAACCAACCAUCCAUCCAUCCAUCAAUCCAUCGAACCAUGCAUCCAUCCACCCAUCCAUCUGUCCAUCCAACAAACCAUCUAUCCAUUGAACCAUCCAUCCAUCCAUCCAUCCAUUGAUCCAUCCAUCCAUCCAUCACAGCUAGAAGGUUCCUGGUUUGAAUCCCCGGCUGGGCAGGUCCCUGUUCGGUGUGGAGUUUGCAUGUUCUCCUUGUGCAUGCGUUGGUUCUCUCUGGUUACUCCGGCUUCCUCCCACAAUCCAAAAACAUGCUCACCAGGUUGAUUGAUCACUCUAAAUUGGUGUGUGUGUGUGAAUGGUUGUCUGUCUCUGGCGACCUGUCCAGGGUGUACCCUGCCUUCCGCCUGAAGCCAGCUGGGAUAGGCUCCAGCCCCCAUGUGACCCAUAAGCUGUCAAGAUACUGGAUGGAUGGAUGGGACAUUCAACUUUAGUGAAACUUAGCUGUGAACUAGCAUUUUAUUCAUGGUAUAUUUAGUCAAAAUGAUCAUGUUCAUGUCAUUAAAGCAUCUACAAUAAAGCCACAUAUUCAAAAAC